GUGCUGUUUUAGGCUUUAUCCCUAUUUUCGUUUCGAAUUGAUUAUCCUGUUGAAUCACGUGCUGAGUUGAUUCGAUUCUUAAAUCACUUGUUGUUUUGUCUUUUUGAAGUUUCUGUUAUGUUAUCAAAUUGCAUCAUGUUCUGUUUUAGUCAAUCGAUUCUGAUUUAGCCCUAUUGUUGGUCAUUCAGCUGACGAACAAGUGGAGGACUCGAUGCCUAUUGCAAAACCAGUUACUACUACAGGUGAGACCGUGUUGCAACCAUGUUCCAGUAGCAAAAUAACUCUUCAUCUGAAGAGGCAGAAGACACACAACGAAGAUUCUUGUUUGUUUUGCUCUAUUAAGAGCAAGAAGCAGAAGAAGCAGAAGGAAACCGAGAGAGAGAAGGAAGAUUCUUGCUGUUAUGGAUGUGAAGGAGCGACCGGAAAUAGUCUUGAAACCAUUUUCGUUAAGGGAUUUCAACAUUUGCGCCCCAGGGAUGAAAUCAAGAAUGAAUUGAGCAACUUUUUUGCUUCUUGUGGAAAAGUCGUAAGGGUUUUUGUUCCCAUGCAAAUGUGUUACCUGUGUUCCCUUGGGAUUUGCUUUCAUUGACUACUCAAAUGGCGAAAAUGAGGCGUUAAAACUAAAUGGAAGUUACAUGGGAGGAAGAAAGCUUGAGGUGAAGAUGGCUACUGAUAGUGAUGAAUACUACGGGUUUGUUAACUUUGCUGGGUGUGACCUUUGUCGUGGGCCAGGCAAGCGCAAGCUCAGAGCUCGCAAGCCCUUUGACUUCGACAAGGCUUAUUCCAAAAUUCAGGCCGACAAGGCUUAUUCCAAAAUUUAAGCCAAAUUUCACCACUGAACCCGAGCUUCUUUUAUUUUUAUUAUCUAAUUAUUUUGUCUUGUAUGAUUUUGACUCUGCUAUGCUUUAAAUCAAAUUAUGUAUGAAACUCGAGACUGUGGUUUUCAGAAAAGUUUGUUGAAAAA